AUGAUAGAAGAAUAGCCUAAAAAAAAGAAAAAUGCUGAUUGUUAAAGUUUAUUCUAAGAAUAAUGGGUGAAAGAGAAAUUAUAUAUCAAGUUAAUUUCAGCUAUUUUCUUACUUAAAGGAAAAAAAGUUGAAUCAAAUAGAAGAAAACAAAUAAAAAAAAUUAUUGAAUUAAUCAAAUUAAUAAGGAUGCAUAAAUUUAAGAUAAUUAAUUAUUUAACAAAAAUCUACAAGGAAAAUAGUUGA